CAGCUCUGUGCCAGAAAUAGUCUUCACUUGAGACUCCAUUCUGCCAUUCCUGAAGAAGGGUGCUGUGCAAGAUAAUUAAUUGGACCGAGGACGAGAGUCACUCCGCAGUUCCAGGAAUCCCUCCCCUGCUGUCACUGACACACACACACACACACACACACAUCACUACCACCCUCCUGUCAUUCUCCCCUCCCUUGCUUACUUAACUCUCCCUUUCUGUUUUGUUGCUGUCAGAGGGAGCUGCACACUUCUUUUACAACUCCUUUCGUUUUCUGACACACUCCAGAGCUAGAAGAGGAAAGAAGAAGUGAAGCAGCAUAAAGUGGACUUUUGAACACUCCCAAAAAGAGGCUUUAAGGCAUUAACCAUCACUGCCUGGAGAACAAAAUGUCUUACAGACGGUCUGAUCCAAACAAAGAACCGAGAAUCGAGCUCUUCAUUAAGGCUGGACAUGAUGGUGAAAACAUUGGCAACUGUCCCUUCUGUCAACGGCUGUUCAUGGUUCUAUGGCUAAAAGGUGUAAAAUUUACUGUAACCACUGUGGACAUGAAAAAGAAACCAGACGAGCUCAAAGACCUGGCACCAGGGACAAACCCGCCUUUCCUCCUGUACAAUGGAGACCUAAAAACAGACUUCCUGAAGAUUGAAGAGUUUUUGGAGCAGACAUUGGCACCUCCCAGGUAUCCACACCUAAGCCCUCUGAAUAAGGAAUCUUUUGAUGUUGGAAGUGAUAUCUUUGCCAAGUUCUCGGCCUACAUUAAGAACUACCCAGCAAAUGAGAACUAUGAGAAGGCUUUACUUCGAGAGUUCAAAAGGCUGGAUGACUAUCUCAACUCUCCACUUCCAGAGGAAAUUGAUCCCAACAGCACGGAGGAUGUGCUUGUUUCCACAAGGAAAUUCCUGGAUGGCAACCAUCUGACCUUGGCCGACUGCAAUCUGCUGCCUAAACUGCAUAUAAUAAAGAUUGCAGCAAAGAAAUACUGUGACUUUGAGAUCCCAAGUGAAUUCGCUGGUGUUUGGAGGUAUCUGAAGAACGCUUAUGAGAGAAAUGAGUUCAGCCACACCUGCCCUGCCAAUGAGGAGAUUGAGAGGGCCUACGUGAGCGUGGUAAACAAGAGAAAAUGAGGCCAAUGUUAAAAUCAAGAAACUUUUUGGGAAACCAGAAGAUAAAAACAAUAUCCAAAAUAUCUCACUACCUUUUCUCAGCCUUCUCUUUGCUAUCUGCAUAUCACAAGGACCGAUGAGAGCCCCAAAACUCUUCUAUCUCAGCGCACUUUACUGGGACGAUUAAGUGAACUAUGCAUCAGUGACUUUAACGGAUGCUGCGGUUAUAGUAAAAGUGGACGAAUGAAGGAACUGGACAAAGGUGGCCGCUGAAGAAAGAUGUCAUUUUACGUUAAUGAGUUUGAAAGAUUCAAAGAAAGUGCAAGAAAAUUAGGAAACGAUUUCCUGGCCAUUUGUGUGACAAAUCUUCCAGUAGAGGGCAAGAGAGAUCUAUUAAGUUAGAGAUCUGGGAUUAUGCAGUGGUAAAUGAAUUAACUCUAAUGAAUUACAAAGAAAAACCGGAGGGAUGCUUCAAUAAAUCCUUAAGUUACUCAAAUGUAUUGGCAAAUACACUUUGCAAGUCACACCGCUUCAUUCUGAGUGUAAAACACAAAGGAGAAUAAAACUGGCCACUCAAUGACAAAACUCUGUAUAUAAGACACAUACUGCUCAACCUACUAAUUUAUGGUGAAAUGCAUGUAUUUUAUACUCUCCUGUCUAAAAUUUUUACUUAUCAUCCAUCCAUCCAUCUUCUUCCGCUUAUCCGAGGUCGGGUCACGGGGGCAACAUCUUGAGCAGAGAGACC